AUGACGGCAUCGCCGAACGCGCUCGAUUGGCUCCGCGCGCGCCCCCGGGCCGCGGCGGCGUGCGCGCACGACGCGCUCGAUGGACCGCUGGGAGAGAUCGCGAGCGGAUGCGGGACCGCGAUCGGGUUGUCGUGCCCGAGGUGCGGCGCGCGCGUGGCGCCGUGCGAUGGAUGCGAUCGGUUGACGACGCUCGGGGAUGGGGGGACGCGGUGCUGCGCGCGGUGCGGGGCGUUGAGGAUCGAGGGUGACGCGAUGCGGGCGUCGAUGGCGCUCGAACCCACGUGGGAGAUGGACGCGGAGAUGGCGAUGGAGAUAUCCAUCGGGGUGGCGCGGGAUGGGGUGCGAGGGUGCGUGCGGGCGAAGCGAGAGGAGUGCGCGCGCCUGGAGCGGGAGACGCGGGCGCGGUCCGGCGACGGCGACGCGGCGAUGCGACAGCGUUCGAACUCGACGCCGACGGACGAUGAGAACGGAACGCCAGCGGACGAUGAACGCAGACUCACGCUGAGUUCGGUGCAGUGCGGGCAACGAGUCGUGCCGGAGUCGAUAUUCAAGACGCCCGCGCCUUCGCGACUCGGUUUGGGAUUCGCGACGCUGGCGAGAUCGACGACGUCGCCCGUGGGAUGCGACGAUCGCGUCAAGAACGACGCCGUCCAAGCGAAGAUUGUGCGUCUGAAGGGUCAGAUCCUGUUCGGCGAGCGGGCUACGCGAAAGAGGCGAAGGACCGUGGACGAGUACACGUGGCUCGAACACGACAUGCUCUCCUCGGCGCUGAGACGGGCGAACCACGACGCCUCGAGCGCGCGUAAGCUCAUGGAACUCUCGAGCUCGUUUCUCGAAGACGCCCCGAUGCUUCGAAUGAACUUGACGAGGAGCAGCACGCUCAGGACGGCCAUCGAGUGUUUGGAGCGAGACGUAAAGCUGCUGACAAAGGUUGAUGACAAGUCACUUUUGCUCAGAGAUCCCGACACCGAUCCGUACGAGCGCUUGUGGCCGGGCGAAACGCGAGCGAACGAUAUCGAACCGGGCGUCGAGCUCUUGGGAAGAGCACUGCGAGCCAGAUCAGAGUGGGCCGAUCGGAAAGCUUCGGAGCGUGGCGCCACGCACUCGAAGCGGCUGCGCGAAAUUACGCGCGCGCAGAACGACUUGCUCGCGACCGCGCGGGAUGGAACGCGCGACUGCGAAGUCCAAGCGGCGAGAAAAUCGAUCAAAAUUCUCAUCAGCCUCUAUCGCACGAUGUACAGAUUGACGUGCGACCUACACGACUAA